AUGGCUACCAGAGAUGUCAACAAGCAAGUCACGGUGCUCCGCCCCCGAGGUCAGACCUCGGAGUCCGUCGCGGCCACCCAAUCACCAUCAAUGCGGCCGCUGUCGGAGUAUAUCGAGCGUCUCGGAACACGCUUUGAGGCACGAAGGCCUAUUACGCUGGUUCUUGGACCAUGGCGCCAGUCCGUCAGAAGAGCAGGAACCUGUUUGAAACCUCGUAGCACGCUCGCUGCUGCAGCAGCUCUAGCUGAUCCCACCCCACUCCGGUUUCUUCUAUUUUAUGGGACGGACUUAGACACAUUGGCGCUGUUCUACUCCACCGCAGGUCGUAGUCGUAACAAAAACGGUACCGCGACUACGAAAGUACCGAUAGAACAUGGAAUUGACGUCAACUAUGAUUCCCCAAGAUGGUCUACGCCGCUCAUUCACUGCGCAAGAUACAACGCCAAGGAUAAGCUACUAUUGCUCCUAAAGCACGGCGCAGAUCCUACUAUCCGCAACCCAGUACGAGAUAUGUCACCCGCCGAGAGUGCGGAAUACUAUGAGAAUACAGAGCUGUGCAAUAUUUUGAAAGCAGCCAAGGUUGAGUGGAUAUCGUCACAUGUUGAAUGA